AUGACGCUCAGCUCAUGCCCAUAUCCUGAUGAGAAUGAGCUGCACCAAGACCGCAUUACGGAACUCGUAGACCUGGUGCAGAAGGCCAAGGCGCAAGCAUUGAUAUUCGCGAAGGACCCGAUUGCCGAGCCAUCUGCCGUUAUUAAGAUUGCGUUCCAGUGUCUCCAAACGACUAAUUCUCUGGUUGCAGAUCUCCGCAAAACGUUCGUCAUGGACGAGAUUGAGAACCAGAAAUCAAAGAUCCAAAUACAAGUGUCCACCGCCAACGACGAUCCACCCAGGAAAAACCCUCGUCUGACGCGUUACCAUAGCAACCUGCUCUCGGGGAUUGCGCUGACUGAGAUUAGACCGGAGCCGGUUGCGCCUACCGGAGAGACUGUGUAUAUGGCUGCGUGUGCUGUUGACCGCAGUCUCAGCGUACACCCACCGCACGUUGUCCGGGAAGCCUUCACGCUAUACCGCACCACUCUGCGCGUCCUCCUGCGCGUGUACAACGGGUACGAAGUGACAGAGGGCAACGGGCUGUUUCUGUGCGCCUUUGGCUCGGCAAAGAACGCCAUUAAAUGGGCCACGGAUGCACAGGCGUCGCUUGUGAGUGCGGCAUGGCCAGUGGAAAUGACGGAAGCUCCCAAGAAUGUGGUCUACAGUUCCGAGGACAAGACUGUUCUGUUCAGGGGCGUGCGGGCAAAGGCCGGGGUGACCGCGGGCAAAGUGGAUGUGGUGAGAGAUACAGUCACCGACAGAAUGAUGUACACGGGCACCGUAGUAGACCUCGUGGAGUGGAUCAGAGACUACGCACAUGCGGGCGAAGUUCUGAUGCCGAAAGCUGUAUGGGAUGAGACUAAGGAUGAUAUCGAAUGCACCAACCUGUCUACCCAGCUGCUUUCGCGACCCAUCGACGAGCAUGAGGAAGAUGGUACACCACUCGCCGCAGAGGUGGAGAAUCUAGAGCUGAUGCAGGUGCUGCCCGCUGUACUCCAGAUGAGGAAUGCCUAUUGGGCUGGCCUCAAUAAGCGACGCUCAGUUGAGUCAGGCAUAAAGUCAAUGCAAGAGAGAGGCAUAGCUUACUGUGAAGUCCCAGCAGGCGACUGUGUCAUCGUCAGCACAGCCAUCAAAAACUUGGAUCAGCUUAGGGAAUCCCAUCCCUCCGCAACAAUCAAAGCCCUGUACUUGUACGGAGAGGUUCUGAAGAGAGCGACCGCGGCGUUGCACGGCCGAGAGCUAUCAAUGGCAGAUGGAUACUUCAAAGUCGCUUUUCAGUCCGCUGUAGACGCAGCGGAGUUUGCGUGUCGGGUGCAGUUGAAGCUGUUGCAAUGUCCUUGGCCCUUUGAUAUGUUGGACGCCCAUAUCUGCAGGACGAUACUGAGCAAAAGCGGCAAAGUGAUUCACCGAGGAUUGCGGGUCAAAACCGGAAUCAGUUGUGGCGCCAUGAGUGCGACAUACAAUGAACUCACCACAGUCGACGAUCUCUCCGGCGCUGCCAUCUCCGAAGCAGACACCGCGAUGGAAAUGGCCGACGGCGGACAAAUUCUGUUGUCCGAAGGCGUGCAUCAGAAACUGAUCGAGAACUUACCUCCGCUGAAAGACUUAGAUAUUGAGCUGACAGAGUUAGGAACGUACGACACGCCGGCGGUGGGGCAGAUGGAGCUGUGGGAAAUCAGAUCAACACAAUUGCGUGAGCGGAAAUUUGUGCUCAACUCAAGUCCGUCUCAGCCGCCCACGCCGAUGGCGGAUAAAAGGCAACUGGCUGCACAAGGGUCGGUAGGCGAUGUGGCCACACUGCUGGUGCUCAUGAAACCCUACGCCGACACGCACGACAGCAAAGGCCUGGACCUGGAUACCAUCCCGGAACGACGCACACACCAACCACGUGUGCACCUCUCUGAGCAAUCUGAGCCAUGCGAGCUCUCUGCACUCAGUAUCGACCAGCACGCGCCCCCGUCCACGCCGUGUGAUUCCCACACACAGACGCCGGUGGUGCUGACCCCUCGAUGUAGUACCACAGCCAUACUGGGUGAGGCGGGAGAUGAGGAUGGGGAGGAUGGGUGUACGAUAGAGACUACCAGGUGUAGUCCCUCGCAAGCAUCGAGUGCUGCGGGUGGUGCCAGCAAGAGUGCUGGUCUAAGGAUGUCGCCCAGGAGUGUGCGAUCACAGGCUAUGGCCCAGUCGAAUAAGCCGUCACUCAGUGAGCGUGAAGUAUCACCUUCAGCGUCACCACGCAGGAGCUCACACACCAGCACAAAACAGACUGUGCCGCAUGUCGAUUGCCUUUACACCAAGUAUCAACAGGUAGAGCUCCUGCCCACCCCGAUGCUAGAUGUAAACAUAUUGCGUCCUGGAUAG